AUGGCGGCAGGGUACCUCGAGGCUUUUGAUGGUGGGGGUGGUGGUGGUAUAUUGGACUUGGCGUCAUCAAACACCUGCACCGUCUGCGCCGUCUGCUCCGGAGUGGCGGCGGCAAAUGGCCCCGAACUCGACAACCAGGCGUCCAGGAUGGAUUUCACCGCAGCCGACGGGGUCGGGCGGUCAGCUGAAGCGCACGGUAGUGAUGGGUGUUUGUGUUGA